AUGGACACUACCCAGCAGCGCCAUACACCAAGCUCCAUCGCGGAGCAGGAGCUCUUCUUCCCAUCCAAGCCGAGCUCACAACAAGCUCAGGGACAGCAUGAGUACGACCAGCAAACUCACAGCAACAGCCGCUGGUACGAUGACCUCAACAAUGAGUCACCCACCGUCCCAUCAGGCAGCGGAGUCCCUGCGGUGAACAUUAUACCCGCCACGCCCACGACCUAUCGCUCCAAUAGCGUGCGCUCGCAGUGGUCUUAUAAGGACCCCAAUAGGACGAAACAUGCGGCCGACGCCGUCCCGGAGGAGGAGGAGGAUGAGGAGGACAACAUUUACGACCCCCCAAGUAAACCUCGCGUCGACAUCUACGACCCCCCAGCAGAGACCAUCAUCAACAACAACACCGCUGACGACAUUUACGAUCCUCCCAGCAAAAGGAGCGCCUCGCCGCCGUCGCCUGUCGAAUCCAGGGUGACAGUCGACGAAAUGGCGUCUUCAUCGCACCAGCCUCAACAUCAGCCCGCGCAGGACAACUAUUACGUAUCACCCAUGUCCGAGCCUGCCGUGCUGCAUCACGACACCGGCCACUCACAGCCCCCCAAUGGACAUCCCACCGCAGAAGACAAGGGCAAAGCGCCCGAGCCCGUCGUACAUCACAACGACACCGGCUACACAUACAGCGUACCAGAUGGCCACCGCAUCCCCGACGACAAGGGCAAGUCGCCAGAACCUCCAGCACCCGCCCCCAUCCCCGAGGACCGUCCGCCCUUGCCUGGUCCAAGGCCCUCUCAAGAGCCGGAGGUCGCGGACUACUAUGCCCAAGCACACGCGUCCGAUCCCUCCAUCCAGGAGCAAGAGGACCGCGACUACGCAAUGGCAUUAGCACUCCAAGAAGAGGAAGAGGGAAACCACAACCGGCAUGAUCUGCCCCAGCGCCCAUCACAUGGCUCAUCUGGCUGGGGAAACAGCGGGCCACCACAGCCGCAGCCGUCUCAUCCAAUGUCCCCAGAAGACGAAGACCGCGCGCUCGCCAUGCGCCUGCAGCACGAGGAGGAGCACGGCGGCCCGGCCCCGCCGCUGCCCGCGCGUCCACACCCAGACGCCGUAGCAGCCAUGCUCAAGCAACAGCAAGAGCCCGCACCGUUCACCAGGACACCAUCCACAGAGGGCUUCAUGGCGCCGCCGCGGCGCCAGGGCUCCGACUUUGGCGCCGACGACCCCAACAACCCGGUGCACUACUCGCGCGACCCGCACAAGCUGAUCGCGUACCUGGUGCCGUUCCCGAAGCCGUGGCUGGGCGCGCCGCCGGACAAGGGCGGCAUGCCGACGCGGUUCCUGGUGUACACGCCGCCGCCGCCGCCGCUGCAGGCGCCGCCCGAGGGCGUGAAGGAGGGCGUCUCGCACAAGGUGCAGCGCAAGUGGCAGGCGGAGGUGCGGCAGGCGAAGCAGAGUGACGCGAAGACGACGAGCUGGGCGGGGUUCAAGGCCAAGUGCACACGGGGCGUGGAUAGGGCGAUGCAAUAUACCACGACGAGUAAUCUUGACUUCCUCGCGCGCGUGACGCCUCCGCCGGCGCCGGCUUCGUCGUCGUCGACGUCGAAUCUUGCGCGCAAGCUCUCGCUGAAGAGCAAGGGGAGGAGGAACAAGUCGAAGGAUGGUAAAGAUGGGGACGUCAAGGGGAAGGACAGCGUGGAUGUUGACGAGAAGGCUGAGGAGAGUGGCAAGCCCGCUGACGAGGCGACGAGGGCUGCUGACGAGAAGGCGAAGGAGGCUGGCGUGUAUGACAAAGCCAGGGAGGCCGGGUCUGAGGAGAAGGCAAGGGAGGAGAACCCUUUCGAGGAGAAGUUCAGCGAGGAGAAGGCACGCGAUGAGAAGAGCGGCGGCAAGUUCUCGGAGGAUAUCAAGGAGGAGGAUGUCCAGGACGACGACCCGGCGCACGGCUCCCACGAGACCAAGAAGACGGUCGGUGUGGAGGAGAUCGUCUUCGUGUACCCGCCGUCGAUGAACAUGACGCCGGAGCAGAUGCGGGAGGAGUUUGUCAACACGAUGCUGCGGACAAAGUCCAAGGCGCAGCGGGACGCCAUCAUCGCGACGGGCCUGCUCCCCGUCUCGCUGGCAAUCGACCUCGUCAUGAUUGCUAUCAGCGGGCUCUUCGAGGUCAAUGCUGUGUGGGCGUACUUCACCAUCAAGGGCACCAAGACCGCCCGCUCCGUGACGAAGCGCAUCGCGUCGACGUCACAGGAUCCCGAGACCAUCGACCCCGAGAAGUCUGAAAAGGAGCUGGAGAAGGAGAACAAGCUGAAGAUCACGUUCAAGCCCGCGCACCGCAUCGACGUGCUCUCCAGCUACCUGUACGCCGAGUGCCACCGCGUCGACUCGCGGCUGUUCCCGCGGUACAGCCACGCACCGACUGAAGUUGAGUGCUUGGAGGCCAUCGGCUGGUCGCCCUCGCGGACCGGCGGGCAGAAGAACUGGGAGGACGAGGCGUGGGAGGUUAACGACGUCAAGGACGACUUGAAGGUGGUCAUGCACAAGGGCGCUAAGGAGUGGAGGAAGUGGUGCAACAGGUACGAGAAGGACCCGGAGAAGAGCUUGAAGAAGUAG